UGCACAUCGGCGCUCCACAUCCGAGAUGAUAGUUCUAUAUAGCCUAACCGAAUGCCCCUCGGCACACCCUGCUUCAUAUCUACACAUUCUUCGGGGAACUUGGGACGAUCCCCCCCCUCCUUCCUUCAGCAUAGUCAAUUGACUCUGUUUGCCAGCCUAGAAUCCUUCUUUAAGCUGCAUUGAACUAAAUUCAGCGCUUUUGAGCUUUGCUUUGUUGCUGCAUUCAAGUAAUCACGCUUCUCAGUUACACCAGUUGCCGUAAUCUUUCAAGACUUUACCACACUACCGCCCGUCAUGGCUACGCAGGAACGCAGACUUCCCAUGGGGAAGAUCGAGCCUAAUACGGGGAAAUAUUUCGUGAAUUGUGCCCUAGGAGGCAUUAUCGCAUGUGGACCUACCCAUACAUCAGUCACACCACUUGAUCUGGUCAAGUGUCGCCGUCAGGUUGAUCCCAAGAUCUACACCUCGAAUAUCUCAGCGUGGCGCUCUAUCUUCGCGAAGGAAGGACUACGCGGAGUAUUCUUUGGUUGGUCUCCAACAUUCAUCGGGUACUCCUUCCAGGGCGCAGGUAAAUAUGGAUUCUACGAGUACUUCAAGUACCUCUACGGCGACCAAAUGUUCCCCAACAUGAACCGCACGGUGGUAUACCUAGGCGCCAGUGCAUCGGCCGAAUUUAUCGCAGACAUGGCCCUCUGCCCCUUCGAGGCGAUCAAGGUGCGGAUGCAGACGACUCUGCCGCCCUUUGCGCAAACGAUGCGCGAAGGCUGGAGCAAGAUUGUUGCUCAAGAAGGAUUCGGCGGUCUGUAUAAGGGACUGUAUCCACUUUGGGCGCGACAGAUCCCUUACACUAUGACCAAGUUCGCUACCUUUGAGGAGACGGUCAAUGCCAUCUAUAAGACUUUGGGCAAACCGAAGGACAGCUGCAGUGGACUGCAGCAGACUGGCAUCAGUUUCAUGGGCGGUUACAUUGCGGGCAUUUUCUGUGCGAUUGUCAGCCACCCGGCUGAUGUUAUGGUUAGCAAGCUUAAUGCCGAUCGUCAGGCUGGUGAGUCAGCCAUGAAGGCCGUAUCGCGCAUUUAUGGAAAUAUCGGAUUUUCGGGCCUAUGGAAUGGUCUUCCCGUCCGUAUCGUCAUGCUGGGUACACUGACUGGGUUCCAAUGGUUGAUUUAUGACUCGUUCAAGGUGUUCCUUGGUCUUCCGACCACUGGUGGGCAUUAAAACCUUACAUAUCGACCGAUCUAGAUAUCAACGCUAUGAACCUAGUAGAAAGUCCAGAAUGAUUAAUGUUCAUGAUGC